AAAAUCUGCCAAGAGAAGCGCUGAAACACAGAGACACAACCAGGAGAGGACCAUACGAGACAGGCUGCACAUGACUACAGGAUGGAUCACUUGCUGCUGAUCACUCUGCUGUUCUCAGGGCUCUGUGGUGUGUCCUCACGGGUGGUGCGGCGCUACCACUUUGUGAACGAGAGCAAGACGUGGGAGGAGGCGCAGGAGUACUGCAGGAACACCUUUACCGACUUGGCCACUGUUGAAGAUAUGGACGACAUGACGGCUAUGAAGAACACGGUCAAAGAUAGUAAUGACAACUUUAUUUGGAUUGGGUUGAAGAAGACUACAAAUUACACUUGGAGGUGGUCACUGCAGGACAGCCGGGCCUACAGCCUGGACGAGACCAAAUUCACAUCCUGGAAAGACGGUGGACCAAAUAAUGUUGGUGGAAGCGACGACUGUGCUGUUUCCACAGGAGGUAAAUGGUCUGUUUACCAACAUCAAGAACAUAAUUCCUUCAUGUGCUAUGACGAGAGUGGCAACCAAAAUGAAAAAUACAUUCUGAUAAGUCAAAAGAAGAUAUGGAGACUUGCUGAGAAGUACUGCAGGAAGAAUCACACAGACCUAGCCAGCGCGAGGAACCAGACUGAGAACGAGAUGGUUAAUCGGAAGGCACCUAAUGAGCCAGUGUGGAUCGGCUUGUACAAAGACUACUGGAAAUGGUCUGACAAAACCAUCUCCUUAUUCAGGUUUUGGAGUCCAGGUAUACCUGAUAAUUCCAAUGGAAAAGAGGACUGUGCAGCAACAAAGCGACACAGAAAUGGGGAAUGGGGGGACAGGACGUGUACUGAGACACAUCCAUUCCUUUGCUAUGAGAAGUGCCCUUACAACAUGGACCUGAUCCGUGAGAGUAAGACCUGGAGGGAGGCUCUCGACUACUGCAAGGGGCGUAACAUGGAGCUGGUGUCGGCCUCCUCCUCGGAUGUCCAGGGCUGGGUGAGGGAGGUGAGCAGGGGGGCCAGCACGGCCCACGUGUGGAUGGGCCUGUCCUUCUUGUGCCCCAUGGAGCUCUGGUUCUGGAUCAGUGGGGUGACGGUGUGCGGCGACGACUGGGCUACCGGGAACGGUACCGGGAGGAACGAGUGUGGCCGGGCGGGCGCCCUGCAGUCAGGAGGCGACAGGAAGUGGGUCAGUCGCCCGAUGACCGAGAAGCUCAACUUCAUCUGCAGCUCCCUUUAUUAAGGGUCCACAUUUAACAGAUGCCAACACUCAUCUUAUCUGUGAUGGAUCAUUUGCAUGCUGUGGUUUGCUGCACAUUUACAUUCUCUAGCCAGUUUUUGUAUCAUUCUAUCUUGUGAUUGGUUUCAUUACAAAUAUCCCACAUAUACUGUAUGAAGAUCUCUUUUCUAAAUGCUAUAUCAUACAUUUUUAUGUAUUUUAGUAUAUAUUUUUAUAAUUUUGUUGUCAAAUUACUUUCAGUGGAACUGUAAUUGGGUUACUGUUAUUUGAUUUGUUUCUGUUGUGUGAUGGGGCUUUGUUGGUUAAAUUACAUGCUUUAUUUUUCAUGUGACAGUUAACAUUUCAGAUGCAGGUCAAGAUGGGUUAACUUAGUAGGAGUGACUUUGUUUAUCAAAUAACAUGACUGCUUCAAAUAUACUGUAACUAUAACAUUUAGUUUCUGUGAUCUGAAAAUGUAGUUAUUUAGUGAUUUUUGGAUUUUUGAUUUUGAAAUAAUCAGAAUGCCAUUAUAUAUACUUCUAUGUAAAAACUUACAAGAUCACUGUGAAAUACCAUAUCCACAAGAGGUCUUUGUAUACUUUUAUGUAAAAACUAA